AAACCAUCGGUUGCAGUUAAUCGAUUUUUUAGCUGCAGUUGACGGAAAAAUAUGGGGAAAAUCUAGAGCGCAAAAACGCGCGUACUUUCAUUAGUUCCCAGGACCUCGCAGUCAUAAACAAUGACGUCAUUGUAUUUGGACAUMAAAAUAUGGCGGACGAUGCGGAGAAUGCUGAAUUAACAGGACAAAUCGAAAUGGCAGCUCCUCUUACUCAAUCUUCGCAGUUUACCCUWGCUAAAGAAUGGCUGAUCAAACAGAGAACAUCRGUAAAGCCGUGGCGAGAGUUUGUUAGCACUUCUAAGUUCUCAAAGCCCAAAAGUAUCGCCGAAGUCGGACGCAGRGUUGUGAAGAAUUUACAAGAUUAUCAAAGCAAUUACAUUUUGAUAGCCCUUUUGAUCACUGUAUAUUGUGUGGUUACAAAUCCAUUGCUGUUGAUUGCAAUAUCRAUUGGUGGUGGUGGAUGCUGGUAUCUUACAUACAGAAAUGAGGGGAAAACCAUCAAAAUUAUGGGUCGUGAAUUCACAGUUAUGGAGCAGUAUGGUCUAAUAGCAGUGCUUUGCYUACCUUUACUCUUUCUUGCAUCUGCUACAUCUACUGUCUUUUGGAUUAUUGGGGCAUCUUUUUUUAUCAUCAUACUCCAUGCKUCAUUCCUGGGUGCUUCAACACCUGAUUCAAAUGCAUUUGAGCUUGAAAUGGAACCAGUGUGAACUGUUUUUGGAUAUUACUCAAUGAAGGACUGAUAACCUGGYAUGCUACCAGUCUUUGGGAGUUAGAAUAUAGCCAGCAUACCCCCCAUACCACCCACCCCCCCUUUUUUUUACCAUCACCAAACAUUUAAUUGCAAGCCAUGCAGAUAAAUACAUUAUUAUUAYCUAUCACUAAUAUAUAUCAAUGGAAGUGGAAGCUGGCAUAAGUAGAUGUACUUAUAAUGUAUUUUUUCCACACUGUACCACCUUUAAAUUGUUUCAUAGUAAUUCCAGCGAAUUAGGGACWAGUUUGUUUUAACACUUCAUUUUAAGUGGUACUGUGUUGAAUCGAUAUAGAWUGAUUGAGGAUGGGAUACUGUUUGAAAGACGUUUAGAUGACCAUCUAAAAAGAAUAAUUAUUUAUCUUUACUUUGAAAAACUAUUUUAUUGUACCCAAGAAUAAUUUCAAACAUCAGUAGAAACUCAUAAGGGAUUGAAAUGUGUAACGGCCAUACAAUUAUUGAGUUCYUUGCACCAGGAUAUUUGAUUUGUACAUUGAAAACUUUUUCUCAAUUAAAUCUGACACCUUUAUKUUUUCAAAAUGCUACAAACUGAACAAAACCCACAUAAUAUGCAUAAAAUAAAGAAAUGUUUUUAAAAACUGGAGAAAUUAGAAUAUUUCUUGAUUUGUAGUUCCAAUGACUACUUUAUAUUCCUUGUCAGUACGUGGCAGGCACUGUAUUAGUGCUUUUACAUUGCCUCAGACUACGUAUGAAUGACUUUUCUUUGUGAUAUGAAUGUGUACAAGAAAAACAUCCAUCAUUCAAUGCUGCCAUGAAAAUGUAAAAUACACUAUUAGUCAUGAUUAAUAGUCAAAUAUGUACAAUUUUAAUACAUUCAGUUUUAAAUAGUUAYAUUCAAUAAAUAUAUACAGUUUGAGACACUAA